AAGUAUUUACUGCUCCAACCACACCUCAGGUGAUAUCACACUUUGGGAUGGGGUCAGGAGACAGGGAGGGACACAUCUGCCCCACCCCAGCCACAGCUGGAGAAGGCCCUAUAAAGCCCGGCUGGCCGGAUCCAGGCCAGACAGCUCAAGCUCUGGACGAGCCACACCUGCGCACCUGUCACCCCAGCCAUGAGGACCCACCUGUCUUGCCUGCUGCCUCUGCUGCUGGUGUGCUCAGCCCAGGCACUGACCUGCCAUGAGUGCUCUGCCACAGGGGACUGUUUCCAGCCCACAGUCUGCCGAGAUGACACCCGCUACUGCCUGACCACCUUGACCAGUCAUGAAACGAUUGUUAUAAAAUCAUGUGCUUACAGCUGCCCUGGCUACCAAGAAAGCCUGGCCGCCUCCAGGGCCUUUUGCUGCAACACGGAUCUCUGCAACAGCACAGUGAGCCUCAGAGUCAGCUGGGGGCUGCUGGCGCUCAGCAUCUGCGUUGCCUGCCUCAACAGAUAGCAGUGGGCUCAGCCCCGGGAAUGCUCAAGAAGGGAUUGGGAGUCUGCCGCGGACUUGCUUUGUGACCUUAGGCAGGGCACUUGCCCUCUCUGGGCCGCACCUCCAACUGGAAGGAUUCCAGGAGCGAAUGGACACGCGUGUGGGCUUUGCACGAGACAGUGGGGCUGCAUCUGCUCAGGGCCUUUGCCGCUGUCCAGGGUGCUGCAUGGUGAUUGCAGCCGGGAGAGGUGGCCACCUGCUGGCCUCUCCGGGAUAGCGCAAUUAGGCGGCCACAGCUGCAAACCUGUUAAGGACGCCAGGUGCCGAGGCAGGCACCUCCGGCCGCCCAGACCGUUGCCUUCCAGCCUUCAUCUUCACCAGCAUUCCAAGGCUGGGUCCUCCUGAGAACCUGGGAUCAUGCUGACAUGUGCUGCUCUAAGUUGGGUCCCAAGACCAUUGGCAAACAGAAACCCUGUGGCGGGCCCUCCUGGUCUGUGUGCAGGGGAGGAACGGCUGCCCGCAUGGGGACAGGGGCACCCCAGCACCGUGUGGGUGAGCUCUGGUGGCAGCAGGGGCUGAUGUGGGAAAUGCCAGGCUGCUGAGCACCCUCGGCUCCCCCAGGACAUGGUGUCCCCAGGGUCUGCACCCUGGGGGAUGCCCUCCUGGAGGCGGAUGCAUUAACCCCAAACAGAAUCUCAGCUCCUAUGAACUCCAGUCCACUCUGGACUUCCAGAGCACUGCAGAACAGGAAGACCAAGGGUCAGGUUUUGUCCAGCUGGGAGGCUGGGCACCAAUGGUACUCCCCAAUGCCCCCCGCCACUGCCUGCAAGCCCAGGCCUCUGGUCUCGGUCAGUGUGUUAAUCUGCACAUUCUUUAAUUAAAAAACCUCAUGAGAGUCAUC